UUCACUGCACGGCACGCAGGUCGUUGACUUUCGAAAUUGCAGCGAAGCCAGCGAAUGCAGAGAAGUGUGGAAUGACGGCGCGGCGCGGCGGGCGGGCAGCGCGAGCGAGUGCGACCUUGCGCGCCCGCGCCCCUCGACGUCACGCGGGGGCGCGCCGCUGACGUCAUGCCGCGACCUCGCCGCCGUCACUCGGCGUGCACGUGAACGCCACGCGCCGGCACGCGCCGGCUGCGUGAUCGGCGCGCCGCCAUUGGCCCGCCGAGCCGCGCCGCCCGCUGCCAUUGGCCGCCCGCCCGCCCGCGCCCGCACCUCGACUCGACACCGCUCGCGGCGCGGUUUAUUCCUCUGCCAUCCGCCAGCGGAACUACACGGUCCACUCUCCCAGUACCGCGGACGGACCCCCGCAAGUUUUGUGAAUUAAAAAAGAAAGUUUCCUUCGUUGAAUGAUAGUAUAGCUACGAUGUCCACCAUUCUCGACAUUUGCGGCCCUCUCUCCCCGCCCUCAACGCCGCCGUUGAUGGACGCUAAAGUGGAGUUGCCUCUGAAGAAGGCUGCGGCGAAGCGCGCCCGGGAGUCUCCGCCCGCCGGGCUCGUCACGCCGCAACCCUCGGACUCCGAAGGCGAGGACGAGUGCGGCAAGCGGUCGCGCUGCGAGCUGGCGCGACUGCUGCUGAGCACGCCGCCUCCGGAGCCCUGCCGGCCCUCGGUCAUCAUGCGGGCGCACAAGGACGGCACGUGCAGCCCCGAGCCGCUGCCGCCGCCCCCCGUCCACAUGAACAUCCUCAAAACCCUCAAGUUUAAAAUGAAUCGCGGCCACAGUUACUCCUACGCUAAAGCCUCGUACAUCGCGAACCAGGCGCCCAGCCCUCCCGCGACCCCUCCGACGCCGCCGCCAAAAAUUGAAGAGGCCCGCGUUCCUUCCCCACACCCCGAGUGCACGCCUAAACCGGACGAGGAGCAGAGAGUGCCGCAGAUGCCGGCGGCGGCCGCGACGCCCGGCUGGGUGCCGCUCGCGCCGCGCCCGGCGCCCGCGGUGCUGAUGCCCGGCGCCUUGCUGCCCACCACGGCACUAUGGCUGGUCGCGCCCGCUCCGGCCGCUCGAAGGCGUCAAUACGAGUGCUCGUACCCCGGCUGCGGCAAGAACUACUUCAAAUCCUCUCACUUGAAAGCGCACGCCCGCACACACACGGGUGAACGCCCCUUCCGGUGCGCGUGGCCGGGCUGCGAGCGGCGGUUCUCCCGCUCCGACGAGCUCUCCCGCCACAAGAGAACUCACACCGGCGAGAAGAAGUUCGGCUGCCGCGUCUGCAACCGCCGCUUCAUGCGCUCCGACCACCUCGCCAAGCACGUCAAGAGACACGCGAAAGAGCGCGCCCCUCCCGCCCCCGUCCUCCGCCUGCUCCCCUCGCCCCCCAUCGCAAUAGUUAACCCCACCGUCGUGCAAUGAGCGACACCGACUGUGAUCCGGAUCUCAUGAUCGUUACCUAGUUUUUAGUACAACUAAGACUGUCCUAUCAUACUAUUUAGCUUAAGACUAUGUUACUUGGUAAGCUUCAAAGAAAGAAUAUAAAAUAUUGAAUAUCUAA